AUGGCGCCGCCGCCGCAGGAGGAGGAGGCUGCGAUCGACGGCAUUCCGGAAGCUGGCGUCGAGGAGGAGGAGGAUCCGGAGGUGGUGGAGCCGUGGGUCCCAUCCUCCGACUCGGAGCCGGAGCCGGACGCGGACCGCCCGGCGCUCGAGCCGCUGGACCCUUUCCCCGCCUCGUCCAAACCGGAGCUGCUGCCGGCGCAGACGGCGGUGGCGGAGAGGAAGGACGAGGGGGAGGAGGCGAGGCAGCGGUGGCCCGGGUGGCCCGGCGCGAGCGUGUUCCGGCUGGUGGUGCCCGCGGACCAGGUCGGCGGCGUCAUCGGGCGCCGCGGUAGCACCAUUAAGCGCCUCUGCGACGAGACCCGCGCCCGCGUCCGCGUACUCGACGCCGCGCACGGCGCCGCCAACCGGAUUGUAAGGCUCCGGUUCCUUCCCCCGCAGAAUGUGGUUUUGGUAUCUGCAACAGAAGAAGUUGAAGCAGAAUUAUCACCUGUGAUGAAUGCUGCAAUUAAGAUCUUCAAGCAUAUAAACGGGAUAGAAGAGAUCAAUUCUGAUGGAACUUUAUAUGCUUCUGCACCGGAAAUUUGUUCUGUUAGAUUAUUAGUUCCAGCUGCACAAGCGGUCCACUUAAUUGGCAAGCAAGGAGUCACAAUUAAGUCAAUCCAAGAAAGUACUGGUGCUACCAUAAGGAUUAUAGAUGAAGAUGAGCUAUUGAGUUGUGAGACACCAGAUGAAAGAAUUGUGGAGAUACAUGGUGCUUCUUUCAAGGUUCACAAUGCCCUAAAAUCAGUGCUUGGACUUCUCAGGAAGUUCCUAGUUGACCAUGGUGUGCUUCAUCUAUUUGAUAUGAAGAACCAAGAAGUAGCUCAGCCACAGGAUACUUCUAAGGAAAAUCAAUUUAUUGAUGAUUAUCCUCUUGCAAUUACACAGACAAUGAAGAUCCCACUGCCAUAUGCUGAAGAGAUAAUUGGCGUGAGAGGAGAGAACAUUGAGUUUAUUCGUUCUGUUAGUGGAGCGGUUGUGGUUCUUGAAGAAAUUGGAGAUUAUCCAGAUGAGGCAACAGAGAACCGCCACCGCCACCACGCAGGAGCUGUUACCGUGACGCUGAAGCUGGCCCACGGCUGCCGAGCUCCCCUCCUCAUGCUGGCUCAAGGAUGCUGA